UAUUUCCACACUCCGUAUCGCCAAUCCAACCAUAUUCAUUGGAUGCCAUUCAUUCUGGGAGAAGAUUGUUCGGAGUUGGAAAACAUUGGAGAAGGUGAAGGUAUUCCAGACAAUGAACAUUGUUAAAAGGAUAAGGACAACCUUGUUUGGACAGGCCCGAGUUACAUUACUUCGACAUGCCCAAGAGAUUGGCGAGGAAAUAUACCAGGGCCAGCUGAAGCACAAGUGGAGCUUUUUUGACCAAACUCUUCAAUUUCUUGCGGAGCUUCUAAUUUUCCACCCUGCUCGGGCAGCAGUAGGAUUGGCCCAUUGCACAUACUGCUAUUCAGGAACUGCUCUCAUCCCUCUGGAAAUGAUGGAAUUCCUCUGGAGUGUGGGCAUCAAAGUUCAGAGACUGUAUGGCCUAAACGAGAGCUGUGGGCUGCACAGUCUCGGACGGCCCACUGAUGAUCAGUUAAAGAGCUGUGGCCGUGAGAUCCCGGGUUGUCUAACCAGACUAGAAAAUACUUCAACAUGUUCUUCAUUUAAACUGUGCCUGUGGGGGCGCCACAUCUUCAUGGGGUACCUUGGCAUGGAGGAAGAAACAAAGAGUGCCCUGGAUAAAGAUGGAUUUCUAUGUACGGGAGAUGAAGGAAGUAUCGACACGCUAGACUUUGCUGAUGGUGAAAGGAAAUCCACAUAAAGUUUCCAAGUGGUAAUGCUAGGAUAUAUAUCGGAGGCAGCAUGCUCGUUUACUGGAUACAUCAAACUUGUUAUGGGAGGGGGUACUGCCUUUUCAUUGUGGGGAAAACAGAU